UUUUAAAUUCUUAUUGGUGUUAUUCUAUAUAUUUUAGCUUUUAAUUAGAAAAUUACCAGUGAAAUUAAAAGUUUAGGUUGCUGGUGCUAAAAUCUAUAUAUGUAUACCAACAAAAGCAUUACUGUAACGAUAUCUUUUGGAUGCAACUUAUGUCAGUCUUAAAAAGUUAGCUUAUGCUUAAAUUAAAUAGUAACAGUUGUUUUCUUAAAUGGAAUUAUUUGUUGGAGCGUAAGGGUGAAUUAAUUCUCAACAACUCAAGGUCAGAAAGUACGAAAUAUGGAGCAUAACCAAAACAUCAUUCCUGUAGACGUAUUACGGUUUUAUGGUAGGCCUGAAAUGGAAAUAAAUAAACCCACGCUCAAUUUACCAAAUCUCCCGACCACCGAUGAGAUCGCUUUAGAAAUGGCUAAUAAGGUGUGUUUGGGGAAUUCUGCUCAAUCUAAGCAAAAAAUAUCUCUAGAUACUUCAAUAUCUUCUGACAAAACAAUAUUCCCUGAUACUAACUCACGCAAUGUUCAUAUUCCUUACAUACUCAACGGGGAGUUGUUUGAGAUACAAACUCAAGACGGUGAAAAUGUAACUGUGAAAUGUUGCAAUUGCCCACCAGAUCGCGUAUAUCGUGGUAGCGUGCGAUCCACAGGCAAUUUCCAUAUGCAUAUAAAGAGGCGUCAUCCCGAUUUAAUGGGAAAAAUAUAUGAUAUGAAAGUGAAUGCCUUGGUUGAAAGGAGAGAUCGAUUUCUGCGCAACCGUAAAUCCACACGUCGUCGUAAUACCAACGUCAAUGGAAGUAGGGCAUCUUCGUCGAGGAAUGAACAGCGAUUGGCCUGCCCGGGGCAACCAACUUCAGAAUUAUUUAAAAUUAAAGCCGCGUUUCAACGGCAUCAACUACAGCAACAACAAAAUCGUAUUCAACAAGAUCAAAGCCAGCAACAACAGAAAAGGGAGAAAAACGCGAGCAUUUUGCAUAAGUGGAAUGUGAUCGAUCACUUUCUCAUUACACCUGCUUUUGAGAGAGCACGUGAUAUAACACUAAUGGAAGCCUAUAAUGAGCAACCACUCAAUUACAGUCUCAAGCAAAACACCGUUUCAAAUAUGAGUUGUACAGAGAGAGCACAAGAAAUCGAUGCAAACGAUGCUGAUACUUCCGACAAUUUGAAUGCAAAUAACAUUUCAGGAACAAUAGACACAAGCGAGCACAUAACGGGUUAUGAAGUAAUGUCCACGUACAACAAAGCAAGCAAUAGCGGUAUGAAUUGCAUGACAAUAAAUCAACGCACUCAAAUAGAGAUGUCUCCCUUCGCUUUCAGUCAGCCUGAUGAGCACGUGCCACUUUAUGCUAACAACAGCGAUCAGUCCUUGCUCGGUCGCGCUACAACUUUAAGUGCCGUAACCCCAUGCCCGAGUGAUGUGAGCAGUUACGAUGCUGGUCAAGAUCUUGGUGGCAGGUCAUAUGAUUUGAACUGCAAUGACGUGGGUAGCAUGAUUAAGAAUGAACUACUGUUAGCCGAAAUACAGCCAAUCGAUCUUUCUGUACAUCCCACAUCUUCUGGGUUGUCAGGUUCCUCUGGAUUCAGUUCUGGCGUAGAUGCCACACAAUAUUCAAAUGACACUACACAUUUCAAUACGUCUGUCGGGAAUACUAAAUCGGAUGAAAUUAUUUUACAACUGUCCUCCGUAUUACAGAGUUUACAUCGUGAACUGCAAACGUACAAUCAAACUAAUAACAAUUGGCUUUGCUUGGAAAUAGCAAAAUUUAAAUUUUUGCAUCCUGAGUUUAAAUAUCAUAAUUAGAAAUGUUGGCAUUAACUAGCAGGUCUAGGAACUAAUUUGGAUAUUAUUCACAAAAAAAUAUUUAUGGUACUUGAAUUGAAGUAUAGAUCAUUUAGUAAGUACCUUAAUUAUAUAUGUACGUUAAGUUAAACUAUUACUUUUAAGCCUUGAUCCGACAUUUAUUCAUUAAUAUAAAUAAGCUUAUAGUUACAAUCAUAUCUACCUUUCAGUUCUGAAUUAAAGUUUAAGUUUAGAAUGAAGUUAUUUACGUUAUAAUCAGCAACUUGUUUGUGUGAUAUCUGUACAAUUACAUGGACUUAUAU